AUGAAUUCUAUCCCCAUCCUCCCCCUCAUUAUUCUCUACCUCCCUUCUCUCUUCAUCCUAUCACAACCCACAGACACCUUAACUCUAGGAAUCUCCCUCACAGAUGGCAAUUCCCUAGUAUCCUCUAGCAAUAUCUUCGAGCUCGGUUUCUUCAGCAUGAAUAACUCGAACAACCGAUAUAUCGGUAUUUGGUACCACGACUUCUCUCCGAAAACUGUAAUCUGGGUAGCAAACCGCGAAACUCCGCUCACAGACAGCUCGGGUUCGCUGAAAAUUUCUCCUCAACGAAACCUCAUCCUUCUUAACUCCACAAACAGCAUCCUCUGGUCAUCUAAUACAUCAUCAACAUCCCCAAAUGAAACCACACUUACACUAUUGGAUUCUGGCAACUUACAGCUUAACGACUCGCGCACCUACAUCUGGCAGAGCUUUGACGAUCCUACUGACACGUAUUUACCUGGAAUGAAGAUUGGGCUUGAUCUUGCAAGUAACAAGAACCAAUUGCUCACUUCGUGGAAGAAUACCGAAGACCCAAGGGCAGGGAAUUUUUCGAUAGGCAUGGAUCCUGAUCGGUCGACACAGAUAUUUAUAUGGGAAGGAUCGAAGCUGAGAUGGAGGACCGGUCGUUGGAAUGGACAGGUAUUUAUCGGUAUUGAAUAUAUGGUGCCAUUUUAUAUUGAUGGAUUCCAAGUUAGUAACUAUGAGAGGGAGGGGAAGAUGUAUUUCUUUUACCCACCUGGGCAUGUUUAUCGUCGAUUUGUUCUAACUUGGGAUGGUAUAUUAGAGCAUAGAGUUUGGGAUAAUGACACUAAAGCUUGGUCUAACAUAUGGGCACAACCUAGUAAAGAAUGUGAAUUUUACAAUAAGUGUGGCAAUGGUGCAAUUUGUGAAGAUGGGAAUGAUCCUAUAUGUACAUGUUUGCAAGGAUUUGUGCCAAAAUCAAUGAAAGAAUGGAGUAAUGGAGAUUGGAGUAACGGGUGUUUUAAAAGAACACCGUUAAAAUGUGAGAGGAGUAAUAGCAACAACGAAAGCUUAGAAGAGGAAGAUGGGUUUUUGAAGUUGGAGAGUUUGAAGGUGCCGGAUUCUUCUGAUUUGUAUCAGGAUGCGAAUGGUAUCAGCGGAUGCCGAAAAGAUGUAGGAAAAUAG